UGUAAAGGCUUAGGAUAUUUUUUAAUCUGAUGACCAUUGAGAUAAUAAAUUGAGGAAAUAGAAGUGUAUGAAAGAAAGCAAUAAAAUUACUUUGAAAUACUUAAGACAGAAUAAUUUUACUUAAACAAGGAGAAGAUUGAAAGCCAAAGUACUUAGUGUCUUUUUAAGUAUGUAUUGGUAUUCAUGUAUUUAGUUGUUUGUGACUGAAGAGGGUUGGGGGUUUUUGUUGUAAAGUCCUGUGUGGUAGAGUUAUGGCCAAAUUAAUGAUACUUUUAAAAUUUCAUCUUCACAUUUUAUACUCCAGUGCAAUUGGUUAGAACUAGCCAGUUUUAUGGCUUCUGCCUCAAAUAUAGUGACCUGUGAUUAUUGUUGUCUUUCUCUUCCCAUUUGACUGAAGAAAAAGAUUCUGACAGACUCGUUCUCCUUUUAUCUUCUCCAAGGGCUAUUUGAAGAAAUAGAAUGUUAAAUAUGUUUCAUGAUUGGAACCAUGAAAAGGGAAAGCAAUGAGUCACAGAAAAUCCUUGAAAACACCAAAUAAUUGAGGUAAGUUGUUGUUAAACUCUUUCUGAUGCUUGGAGAUGAAGUUGUUGGGAUAUCUGAUUAGUUGGGAGUGAAUUUGCUGUUGUUUUACAGCCACACUUGGGAAUUCACUGCUGAAUUGUUGGCUGUGAUGGCAAAAUUAUUACGGUUUUUAUUUUCUUGAUGAAUAAGAAGAUCUAAGAACAAGACCUUUUUGACAGAAUUCUGUUAUAUAAUGAAAUUAUCCUGAAAACUGUCACAUACUUAGGUCCUUUGAUAUUUCAUGGUUCUAAGGCAGUACUUGUUGAAUAAUAUGCAAAAGAGAGUUGCCUAGAGUAACUUAUAAUUUUAGCAAAUACUUGUUUACUAGAAAUAAGUAUUGGUUUGACUGCGUAUAAUAUGAGACUAGGUUUGGUAGUACAACUAUUAACAAAUGUGUCUUUUCCGCACAAUUUGUAUUAAAAGAUUUCUAGUUUUCUACCUAAAAGGGCUUCUGGUUCAAAACAUGUCUCUAAACAACAAGAAAUGCUAGAUUAGUUAAUCACUCAAUCUCAAUAGAAAUUUAAUCUUGAAAAAAUCAGGCAAAUUGAAUUGUAACCACUGUCUGGAGAAAAAAACCUCAUGCAUGCAUAGCAUUACUGUUGUAUAUUGGGAUGGGGAUUGGGAAGGGUAGUUAUUCUGAUGACCACUGAAAGAGAAGCUAAUCCUUCAAACUAGUAAAUGUGAUCACAUUUAUGUGGGGGAGGGAAAAAGUAUCCAGUCCUCUCUUUACAGGAAAAAAUCCAGUCCCUCUGUAGGAAGCCAAAGGCCAGACUGCACUGUGCCACGCUGGGGUUGCCAUUUGUGUCACUUGUCAAAUCCUGCCACUUUUGCAUAACAAACAGAGAACACGUGAGAAUCAUAAAUACUAAUGUAUUAGAUCAUUCUUAAUUCAAGUUUUAUAAUUUGAUUUUGUGCUGUCUUUACAACAGGAGGCAAUCCUGACAUUUUACAUUUUAUUUGCCUACACAUUUUAAUUUGAUUUCAGUAUAAGCAGACUUUACAAAUAAGUAGGUAGGCAAAAGGUAUAGUAAACAUGAAGUAGAAUGGUUGACAGUUUGAACACUGGUCAAAAUGGUGCCAAAAAUGGUCACUAGGCAAUUGUGGCUUAUCCAGGCCACAUGAAAUUUUAACAGAAAAAUUAUGAAAGAAAAGGUUGGUUCUAAAAGACAGACCUGCAGCAAUUAUUGUAGGGAAAUAUAUGUCAGAAAAGACAUGAAAUUCUUCCUUUGUUGUUACGUACCUGCUUGUUUGGAAGAAAGUUAUCCUUACUUUUUUCAGUUUGAAGCAUAUAUAGGAUAUUUUUCUUACUUGGCACUCCAGGUAUCAGUAAAAAGUUAGAAAGGGAGUGUUCAGAUCCUCAGUGUUCAGAGUACACUGCUGCUGGCGUGAAGUUUAGCCCUGCCAGCUUAUCUGAGUAUCAGUAUCUUGGGUCUAGUAGUGGCAAUAAGAAUGAUUUUUAGAGGGGUGGACUGGCUAGGAUGACUAUUCUAUUUUGCUGCUCUUCAGGACAGUAUGUUUUAAUUAUCUCACUAAAGGAUAGAUAACUUGAAAAUUUUAGACUGAAUUUAAUUUGAAAUGUGAAUUCUGAUACUCAGUAGGGAUACAAAAACAUUCAAAGAGAAAUCAGAAGGCUUUAAAUGCAUUUUCCCAAAGGUAAUGCAUUACUAACUAUUAAAUACAUUGUAAUGAGUUAAGCUAUGAAGAAAAUGAAUGCACAUAAAAUAUACUAAUUGAUUUCUAGGAACACUUCAGUUUUUGUAAAGUGCAAAACUCAUUUAGUGACAAGUAUUUAUAUCAGGUUGGUGCCAGAAUGCAGCUGUCAGAAUUGACCUGCCUUAGAUUGCAGAAUUCCUGGGAUGGGAAUGAUUGCUCAAAUCUGCAUUUAAUAGUUAUGGUCCAUACUUAGCCUACCAUUGGGAGGAACUGAGAGAAGCAGUUGUUCACUGAAUAAGAAUGCAGGGACUGCAAAAAUAACAUUUCUUAUUAUAGUAAAAUUUAACUAGGUGCAAUUAUCUAUUCUUGUAAAGAGAAAGCAUUUGAUAAAAUGCUGCCAGUUCUUUACAUGAACUAAUUUCAUAAUAUAAUGAAGUGAGUAUUGCAGUAUUUUAGUUUUCACGUCACUGUCCCCAUCUGGUAAGCCACACCUGAAGUGGUGCAUUGAGCCUGAAAUUCAGUCAGAUUCCUGCAAGCAAAUCUGAACAUGUAAGGGAUCAUGGCUGAAACUGCAGUUUGCCUGGGAACAUUCACUGCUGUGAAGACACUCUGGGAAGUGAGAAUACACAAGAUAAAUGAAGAAUUGCAGAAAGAAAAGGAAUUCAGGCAGAGGUCUGCAGGAAGGCUACUGCUUGUCUGGGAGGAGAGAGCUGCUUUAGCAAAGCUCAAAGAAAAAGUUAUUAAUGAAGGUGGAAGAGCAAUUUUAAGGAUAGAGGAAGAAGAAUGGAAGACAUUACCUUCAUGCUUAUUGAAACUAAUCCAUCUCCAGGAAUGGCAGCUUCACAGAACUAGUUUGCAGAAGAUCCCUCAGUUUAUUGGAAGAUUUCACAGCCUUGUUGUUCUGGAUCUAUCCCGGAACUCAAUUGAAAGUGUACCUAAAGAAAUUGGCCAGCUGACCAGCCUCCAAGAGCUGCUUCUCAGUUACAACAGAAUAAAAUCUGUUCCUAAGGAAAUAAGUAACUGCAUCAGUCUGGAAAGAUUGGAACUGGCUGUCAACAGAAAUAUCUGUGAUCUUCCUCCUCAGCUCAGUGACCUGAAGAAGCUGUCACACAUAGAUCUGUGCAUGAAUCAGUUCACGGCCAUCCCUCCAGCUCUCCUCAACAUGCCAAAUCUGGAAUGGUUAGAUAUGGGGGGGAACAAACUCCAGGAGCUUCCUGAUGCAAUUGACAGAAUGGAAAACCUCCACACUUUAUGGCUCCAAAGGAAUGAAAUAAACUCUUUGCCAGAAACCAUUGGUAAUAUGAAAAAUCUUAGUACUCUUGUUCUUAGCAACAACAAACUUAAGGAUAUUCCAGCUUGUAUGAAGGACAUGACAAAUCUGAGAUUUGUCAACUUCAGAGACAACCCACUGGAGCUAGAGGUAACACUCCCUCCGUGUGAGAACACAGAUGAGGAGGAGCAACAAGAAAUGUUUGGUAUUGACUUUAUGCACAUGUACAUCCAGGAGUCACUCAAGAAAACAGGAAACGUGGAAAGUUGUACUUCUGGUUCUCCUCCUGUCAUGAAUCCUGAUGAAUAAAGAAUGUAACUGUGAUUAAAGAAAAGAUCAAGUACACUUCUUCACAGCAAAGAGGCUACAACAGGUUUCAAAUUUUC